GGAAGUUCCAGAGGAGCUGCUGAAAGACCCCAACUAGGGUAUUCGAAUGGAGCCAUUUCUAACGGGUUUGGAUCCAACCCUAAAGGUUAUGGAGCUGCUGCAGGAGCUGUCAAGGGAUUUGGUCCCCAAAUGAAUGGCCGUGGAGUUGGAAGUGCUGCUGCGCUGGGGGCCUACGGACAUAAACCUGAGGGCUACGGAUUGGGGAAUGGAAAAGGUCAAGCUGUAAGAGGAGCAGAUUUAUCUCACGGAAAGACCCUGAAAGGUGGAGCUGGUUCUUCUCGGCAGCAGAGUCCAACAGCAGUAGACGGUGGUUUACACCAACGAGUCAGGACUCCGGGGGAAGUUGCUGCUGCUCUUAAUCCCGCCGGCGGUAUUCACUACCAGGUGACGGAUGAGAAGUACCAACAGCUGCCGCUGCCUGGGUCACAAGACAGACGGUUCGCACAGACACAGCUGAACCUGGAGUCCAAUCCAGAAUCAGCUCCGUACCCGGGCCUGCAAACUGGACCUGAACCGGCACACAUGGGUCUGCUGGAUAAGGGUCAGAAAGGAACCAAAUAUGGAGCAGAACCAGGAGCGGCCCUUCAUCCAGGUUAUAUGGCUGAAAACGCGGGUCCUGAGCAGAACUCUGCAGAAUCAGAUGUUGUUUUCGGUGUAGACGGGACAGCUGACCCUGCAGGUACCAGAUCCAUAAAACCCAAAGCUGCUGCUGGGUCAGAGGCAGCUGAGAGCUCAGAAAACAUCCCUCCUGAGGAAACACUGAGUGGGCCUGCAGCAAAGGAAGCGGGCAUCAAGAGUGAGCCUGAAACAGCACAGGGGAGUCUCCCUGCGAACGGGAGAGUUUCUGUCUCCAGCGGUCAGGGAGCUAAACCAAACAAACCAGAUUGCGGACCAACCGGACAAUGGAUGAAGAGAUUCAAAUCUGGAAAUGGAGGCGGCGCAGGGCUGUAUUUGAACGGUGGUGGUGUUAAAGCGAACAAACCUGGUUAUAAUGCAGGAGGACUCAACGUUCCAGGACUCAGUAAUGGACAAGUAGAAGGUGACUUUGCUUUGUUGCAUUUUUUUUUUCAUCUCAUUAUUAAAUAUAUUUGUGUGCUAUAG